AUGGCAACCACCACCGCUGCCACGGCCCCUCCACCCGGACCACCAUUCACCAUCCACCACCUGCACAUCGGGCAAUCCGAACGGAUAAUAUGGCUGGCGGAAGAACUGGGACUGAGCUACACGCUGCAACUACACACGCGACACCCCAUCUUCUCACCGCCGUCGCUCACCGCGUUGACACCACAAGGGUCCGCGCCGGUGCUGGCGUCCACGACGCCCUCCGGCACGCCCUUCGUGAUCAGCGAGACCAACGCCAUAACCGAGUACCUGCUCUCACCGCUCUACAACCCAUCCGGCCAUCUAACGGUCCGACCAGGCGCGGAGAACUACCACGCGUACGUGUUCUGGCUGCACUUCGCGAACGGGACGCUGCAGCCAGCGCUGGGCCGGAAGCUCACCGCGCAGGGCUUGGACCCGGAGGGCCUGAAUCCGCGCUCGAAGGCGACGGACGCGGGCGUCGCGAAGGCGCUUAGGCAUCUUGACGCGAGGCUGCGCGAGACUAGGGCCUGGCUGGCCGGGGAUGUGUUCACGGCCGCGGACGUGAUGACCGUGUGGUGUGUGACGACGAUGCGCCAGUUUAGUCCGGUCGAUCUGAGCCCCUACGAGGGCGUGCUGCACUGGUUGGCCCGCGUGGCCCAGCGGGAGGCGUAUCAGCGUGCCAUGGCCAAGGGCGAUCCGGAGCUGGACUGGAGGAGGGCUAUGACGGCCGAGGGGCCCGGGUUGUUUCCUCCGCUCCUGGCGUUGAGGGAGAAGGGCAAGAGUCAGAGCGAUGGGUCCAAGGGUGGGCAUGGGACGCCAAAAGCUUGA